AUGAUGGCCAUGAUCGUCGCGCUUGGGUUCUACCUGAGCACCGCCCUCAUCAAUGUCGUCCAGCGCGCCACCGCCUGGCUGCCGGACAACAUGAACGCGUCUAAGCUGGAGAACCUCUACUGGCUGCUCACCGUGCUCGUCGCCGUCAAUUUCGGGUGCUUCCUUACGUGCGCCAAGCUGUACACGUACCAGAACAUCGGCAAGUAG